GCGCCGUAUCCGGAGGCUGUCCCGCACCGCAUAAAGCCACAGACGCACGGUGUGCCUCGUAGCCGCUCCGGCCGGUCUCCGCUGCAGAGAAGCUGCUCCGAUGCUCCAGAGCGGCCAUGGGCGCCCCGCACUGGUGGGACCACCUGCGGGCUGGCAGUUCGGAGGUGGAUUGGUGCGAGGACAACUACACCAUCGUGCCUGCCAUUGCCGAGUUCUACAACACGAUCAGCAACGUCUUGUUUUUCAUUUUACCUCCCAUCUGCAUGUGCUUGUUCCGCCAGUACGCAACAUGCUUCAACAGCGGCAUCUACUUAAUAUGGACGCUCCUAGUUGUAGUGGGGAUUGGAUCUGUCUACUUCCAUGCAACUCUGAGCUUCCUGGGUCAGAUGCUGGAUGAACUUGCUAUCCUGUGGGUUCUGAUGUGUGCUUUGGCCAUGUGGUUUCCCAGGAGGUAUUUACCAAAGAUCUUUCGGAAUGACAGGGGCAGGUUCAAGGCAGUGGUGUGUGUCCUGUCUGCAAUUACAACGUGCCUGGCAUUUGUCAAACCCGCCAUCAACAAUAUCUCCCUGAUGGUUCUGGGACUUCCAUGCACUGCACUGCUCGUUGCAGAGCUGAAGAGGUGUGACAAUGUGCGUGUGUUUAAGCUGGGCCUCUUCUCUGGCCUCUGGUGGACUCUGGCGCUCUUCUGCUGGAUCAGCGACCAAGCCUUCUGUGAGCUGCUCUCCUCCUUUCACUUCCCCUACCUGCACUGUGUGUGGCAUAUUCUCAUCUGCCUUGCUUCGUACCUGGGCUGUGUGUGCUUCGCCUACUUUGAUGCUGCCUCAGAGAUACCUGAGCAAGGUCCAGUCAUCAGAUUCUGGCCCAGCGAGAAAUGGGCUUUUAUUGGUGUCCCCUAUGUGUCCCUUCUGUGUGCCCACAAGAAGUCGCCAGUCAAGAUCACGUGAUGGCAAGGCAGUGACCUGCUUCUCUACUUACUUCUAUUCGAGUGCGCGCUGGGCUUCGUUUGCUAGCAAAGAUGGCUGAGGGGGUUGAGGAAUUGGUGUGGUGUGGGUGUUUAAAAUUCUGCUCCUUUGUGAUCUAACUGGACAGCAGUGUCUGACUUCCCCAGGUUAAGAAAUAGAGGGCUCAGGGACAUGAGGUGUCUUNCUCAGUACCCUUUCCAGGCACACGGGGCCUGCUGGGUUAUGUCCAUAAUGACAUCGACAGAGUAGUUCUUUNGGAGACCCAGGGCAGCCCAAAGUUUCUUACUGGAGAAGGUAGCUUGCUGUAGAUCCCACCGUUUCCAGACUCUCGACCCCCUGGUAAACAAGACCUUCUGAUUUUGUGAUGAAAGGUUCCAGAACUUUUCAUUUUGCCGGGAGAAACUGUCCUUCAACGAAACCAAGUGGGCAAAUCACGUGAGGGCUGUGACUAAGAGGGGUGGCUUGUCACUCGCACCUCUUAGCUUUCCCAGGUUCUCCACGUGUUUGUGGAUCCUUCCACUACCUCUGCUGAGAGAUGGAGCGGCAGCUUCAGAGGGCAAAGCUGGUAACAUCCUCUAUGCCAAAAGCUACACUCCUCUUUAAGCACACAUUAAAUAUAGACACCAUUUCUGCUCUUCCAGAGUGCAGCAGCCUCAGACCCACAGAGAAUCCUUCAGGCUAUGUGAAGAGUCCACACACAGCCCCCUCUUGUGAGCUCUGUGAGAGCAAGGCCUCCUUGU